GGUCUGCGAUCGUUGCUGCCAUGAGCCCGUCACUCGAUCAGCAACGCCCGUUACCAGCUCUCAGCAUCAUAAGUAAAAAUAGCAAAGAACAAAGUAUAAUAGCAGGAUGGCAGGGGCAGCGGACGUCGCCACGAGCGCGGAGUCGCUCUUCGGCCUGGCGGUGUCACCGGGCGCCAGGCUAACUGCAAUGCUCACAAUGGGCGUCGCAUAUGCUGUAAUUAGCGUGAGGCCCAAGCCACCUGGGCUCGUGCGACUUCUGAUGUCGAUGCCGCUCUUCCUGCUGUUCUCUGUUGCGGGGCUGCAAGUCAUGGAGUCCGUCACCGUCAGUGGCUCCAUCGGAUUUAUGUUCGCUUGGCUUGCCAAUUUCAAGCUCCUGGCCUACUCCGCCAACCGCGGCCCCCUGGCCCACCCCGGCCUCAGCUCCGGCCAGUGGCUGCUGCUGCUACUGCUGCCCUUCUUCCCGGCGAAACGCGGCCACCGACGUGCCCAGGCGGGCGGUGUGCUGCUGGCCCUGGUGUGCAACAUAGCCCUGGGCCUGGCGCUCACUGCCUUCCUGACCUCACCUGCGGGGUCGGCCAGCUCGUUGCUGAGACACACCGGAUACGCCCUGUACGUGUAUGUGGCUGCCAGCCUGCUCCUGGACUGCUUCAUGCCGCUGGGCUGCGCGGCCCUGGGCCACAUGCGCCUGCAGCCCAGCAUGGACAACCCAUUCGUCUCCACCAGUGUGCGCGAGUUCUGGGGCCGCCGCUACAACCAGAUUGUGUCGGCCAUACUGCAGGACACUGUGUAUCUCCCCAUCGUGGAGGGCCGCUGGGUGGCUGAGCCACAGGAGGCGCAGGACGUGCAGGGCGAGCGCCGCCCCGGUGACGAUGAUAGCAAGGGCAGCGGUGGCGGCGUUGAAACACCAGCCGGGGAGGGAGCCGGGCCCACCGGGUUGCGGCGGCGUACGGCGGCCGUGCCAGGCAGUGCUACUGCCGCUACUGCCGUUACUGCCGCCGCCGGCGAAAUGCGCCACGUGGAUUCCACCGCCAGCACGGGCGGCGCAGCGGCAGCAGCAGCCAGCGGAGCUGCUACAGCCUUGGUCAAGGCCACUGCUACAGCCCGCACGGGCCUGGAUGGGGUCGACAGCUGCGCCUCCCUGGCGGCAUCGGAGGGGCAGGGGAAGCAACGGCGCCAGGGGCCGGAGGGGAAGCCGGGGCGGCGGCGUGUGCCGUGCUCUCGGGCUCGGCAGCUGGUGGCCAUGACGGCCUCGUUCGUGGUCAGCGGCGUCAUGCACGAGGUCUGCAUCGCGUUCAUGUGCGGCGGGCGGCUGGAGGGCAGCUACCACAUGCUCGCCUUCUUCCUGCUACAGCCGCUCAUCAUCGUGGUGCAGGACGCUGCUACAGCCGCGCUGCUGCCGCCCCACCUGCUCACGCCGCAGGAAGAGGCGGCGGCGCUGGCGAACGGCAGUAGCAGGCCUGGCGGCGGCAGCAGCAGCAACGGUAACAGCAGCAGCAGUAGCAGCGUGGGGAAGUGGACGCUGGCUCGGCGGGUGGUGACGGUGCUGCGUGUGGUGGUGACUGCGGUGCUGGUGGUGGCGAGCGCUGACGUAUUGUUCUGGGGUCCCUUUGAGACGUGCCGCAUCGACGAGCGCGGCCUCAAGGAGGUGUUGGCGGGGGUGGAGAACGUCAAGGCAUGGGCGGCGGCGGCACGAGGGUGGUUUGCCGGAGCGGCGCUGUGAGUUGACUGUUGAUGACGGUUGGUGAUGAGGGGUGGCGGGCAGGUUGACACGUCAAGUUGUGGGUGAUGGCGUCGUGCCCUGUGGCAGGGGUCGUAUCUUGUUUUCGGGGUGAUGUCUAGCUCCAGACAAGACGGCCGGAUGGCCGCUGUCUUUUGUCUGGGCACAUGGCGGUUUGGGGGCUCUUCCAUAGGCAUUCGGACAAAACCCGCCCAAAACCCAGGCCAACAAAGUCUCGCCCCAGACAUUAGCCCCCGGGAGGAAUGUCUAGGAAUCGGCCAAAAUGGCCGAUUAAUGUCUGGAGACAUUAAGAUAGGAGCCCUGCGGGCCUGUGCCCUGUGGGUGCCCCAACUUGCUAUCGCUCCUGCGCCCAUGUUGUGAUCAGCUGUUGUGUUCGUAGCCAUGGUCGUUGUUGAGUACUCAUGCCGGAAGGCGCUGAUGUGGCUGCUGACCUUGUGCUGACUUCCAUGCGCUCUUGAUGAA